CAAACCUUAAAGAAUUUAAGAAAUAUUUACAAUUGGCAGCUGAAAAUGGAUAUGAGGUUGCUUUGCGCUUCCUAGGUGUUUGCUAUUUUGAAGGAACCCAUGGUUACGAAAAGGAUCUUGAUCAAGCCAUAGAUUAUCUUAAAUGUGUAGCUUUUCAAAAUCACAAUGAACAAUUUAGUCAGAAUGCAACAAAUAUAAUAAAUCAAAUAAAUCAAUCAAAUCAAUCAAAUCAAACAAACCAAACAAAUCAAAUAAACCAAACAAAUUAA